CCGUCGGUGCGACUCACGUGGCGGAGGCGUCGGUUUGGAUCACGUGCGAGCGAUCGAGCAUCUCGGGCGUUGCCGACGGGGAAACUGUGAGCUCAUCGCAUGUCUUCUAGCCUACUCCACUGCUGCGCAUAAUUGGUUGGGCUAUCGAGUCCUAUCUUCGCGCUUGUCUCGUCUGGGUGAUACGCGUAUCCCGCGCGUUGAACACUGGCUGAGCGUGCGCCAUCUGUCGCCGCACAUGCUGGGGCGGGGCCCACAGGAGGCAUGCCAAGCCGCGCAAUAGAUUCCCCGACCGACGUCAGUCUGAUCGCGAUGGUGAGGAGAGGCACGGAUGUAGUGCCUCGCUUGGUGCUCGCACCACGUCAUCGCGGCCCCACGAGCCCGUCUUUAGUAUAUAACCAGCCGUCGCUAUCUCGGAUUCUCUUCACAAGCGUCCACGACCUCAUAUAUCCAUAUAUCCAUCCUCUUGACGAUCCUCCAAACGACUACCGUUCUCGCCGCAUACCAAUCAUUAUGGGUACCAUUGUCUCUGCGAUUGUUGGCGCCAUCGAGGCCGUCAUCUCUGCCAUCUUCAGCAUCAUUAUGAUCAUCAUUAACGCCAUCGCAACGGUGAGCCCGCAUUCGCAUUCAACGCCUUCGUCUCGAGCAUCACACUCAUCUCUCCUCCACAGGUCAUCAUUACUAUCUUCGAUAUCAUCUUCGACAUCAUCUGCUGCAACUGCUUCGGCGGACGCACGCGUCGCACAGGAACGCACAGAACUAGUUGGGGACGUGGAAGCAGCUCAUCAUGCUGAGCUCCCGUCCCCGACUCGCCAUUGCAUGACCGUGCCGUUGAUCCAGACUGAUUUAUGGUAUACCCCGCAAGUCAUAAAUACACGAUGUUUCUGUAAUUGCGCUCGUUGUACUGCUAUCACCAAUGCAUCCGUCACUUUGUACAUAUCUAUCGCAUGAGACAUCGAUGUGUACGUCCAAAGAUUUUACAGUCCGCACUUCACGAUGUGUGUGGAGUCAGCUCCCCAUGACAUAUGAGACGAUGAAAACUUGCUCAUCCAUUACCUGGAUAAACAUGUAUUAGCGGUGGGAUUGCGGACAAUGC